AUGAAGGAGUUUCAAGAUAAGAUUGAUGUUGGCAGGACUGCAAAUUGGACUGUAUCAUCAGCAAAGCCAGGCUUUGGUAUCGAACAACUACUUGAUGAGAAUCUAUCAACAUUCUGGCAGUCCGAUGCACAACAACCUCAUCAUAUAACAAUACAACUCAAUAGGAGAUAUGAACUUGAGAACUUAUUGUUGUAUACUGAUUUCAAAGAGGAUGAGAGUUAUACACCAUCACAACUAUCGAUAAAGGUUGGCAACAGUUAUCAUGAUCUCGAAGAGAUGAUCAAUACAGAGUUGGAUAAACCUUCAGGUUGGAUUAACAUACCAUUCAAUAUGAAUGAUCAACAAAAAGUGAUCAAGGCCACAAUGUUACAAAUAUCAAUAUUAUCCAAUCAUCAAAAUGGUAGAGAUACUCAUAUAAGACAUAUCAAAGUGCUUGGAAAGAAGGUGACAUUGGAGACCAAGCUAAAGAUACCAAACUUCACUUUACAUCACAACAAACAACCAGAGUUAAACUUUUAUAACUCAAUUAGAUAA